AGAACUUUCGUGUUCUACUGCUGCAUUCACACCCUUUAUAAGAGAAGAUAAAUGUAGUGAACUCGUCACAAAGGCAACACCACUAGCGACGACUACACAACGUGAAACUCAUUACAGCACUAACCCAAAAGAAACACAUUUUAGGAAAGAUGCAUAAGGAAUGUGUUUUUGCAGUGAUUUUAGCCAUGGUAUUAUGUUCUGAAUUUGUAAAUGCGGCAUCAGAUGACUAUAGGCGAGGAAGUUAUAAUGGGAUGCUCAACCCUAAUGCACGUUUUGGUUUUGCCAGUGGAACUCUUGGUCAAAAUGGUUUUUACAGGAGCGGUUCAUUAAGUGCAAAACGUGACCCAUACGAACUCGGAGAUGAAGCUGAUGAAAUUGUGAGGGAAGUAAGGCGAAACCCAUCAAAAGGCCUUCGAUUCCACAAGGGGGCGCCGUUCGGAAAACGUGCUUAUGAUCUUGAAUUCAAAGACGACAAUACAAAAGGGAUGUAAAUAGGAAAUUACGGUUUCCUGUCAUCAUAUCUCUACGCAUUCAAAUAAUAAAAUCAAUGCGUUAUCAGAAUUAAACACAAAAAUGGUCAUUGAAAUCCGUAGAUGACUCACCACAGUUCUGGGGGACGCUUUAUGGACAUUCUCUAAAAGGGCUGAAACUUGAAUGGCGUUGUGCUAUUAAAUUUUGUUAUCCGAUGAACUUAGACAAAGAGUAAAAUAAAUAAAUAAAAACCUCAUGCACACCGACUUAUUG